UAGCAACGCCAUAGCUAACAGCACAGAGCUAAAAGCACAGAGCUAACAGCACAGAGCCUCUGUGGAUCACAAGAAGCUGCUGCGGUCUUGAAGACAGGAUGGGACGUAAAGUGACUCUGUCAACAUGCUCGUUGAACCAGUGGGCUCUGGACUUUGAUGGAAACGUGGAGAGGAUCUUGAAGAGUAUUGAAAUUGCUAAGGCAAAUGGAGCCAAGUACAGGCUGGGUCCAGAGCUGGAGAUCUGCGGUUAUGGCUGUGCAGACCAUUUCUAUGAGUCCGACACGUUGCUCCACAGCUUUGAGGUCCUGAAGACUCUUCUGGAAUCCCCCACCACCCAGGACAUCAUCUGUGAUGUAGGAAUGCCCAUCAUGCAUCACAACGUGCGCUACAACUGCCGUGUGAUCUUUCUGAACAGAAAGAUCCUGCUGAUCAGACCCAAGAUGCUGAUGGCCAACCACGGCAACUACAGAGAGAUGCGGUGGUUCUCACCUUGGAGUCGGCUCAGGCAUGUGGAGGAGUACUUUCUGCCCAGGAUGAUCCAGGAGGUAACGGGCCAGGACACCGUCCCGUUUGGAGACUGCGUGCUGUCAACCAAGGACACCUGCAUUGGUACGGAGAUCUGUGCGGAGCUCUGGAACCCGAACAGCCCUCACAUUCAGAUGGGGCUGGAUGGUGUUGAGAUCUUCACAAACUCCUCGGCUAGCCACCAUGAGCUGCGUAAAGCCCACCAAAGAGUCGACCUCAUCAAGUCGGCCACCACCAAGAGCGGAGGGAUCUACCUGUACGCCAACCAGAGGGGCUGUGAUGGAGACCGACUGUACUACGAUGGCUGCGCCAUGGUGGCCAUCAAUGGAGAUGUUGUAGCUCAUGGAGCGCAGUUCUCCCUGGAUGAGGUGGAGGUGAUCACGGCUACUCUGGACCUAGAAGAUGUCCGCAGUUACCGUGGAGAGCUCUGCCAGCCUCACAAGGACGGACACAACCCCUGCCACAGGAUCAAGACGGACUUUUCUUUAUCCGACCCUGAUGACGUCUACCUCCCCACACACCAGCCCAUUCACUGGCCCCUCCACAAAGCAGAGGAGGAGAUCAGUUUAGGACCAGCCUGCUGGCUGUGGGACUACCUGAGGAGGAGCGGGCAGAGUGGCUUCCUGUUGCCUCUGAGCGGUGGCGUUGACAGCUCCUCUACCGCCUGCAUAGUCCACUGUAUGUGUGUGCUGCUCUGCCAAGCUGUGGAGGACGGCAACAUCCAGGCGCUGAAGGAUGUCCGCCACAUUGUCGCAGACGAGGAGUACACACCGCAGAGCCCAAAGGAGCUGUGUGGUCGCAUCUUUACCACCUGCUAUAUGGCCAGUGAGAACUCCUCACAGGAGACGUGCAGCAGGGCCCAGGAGCUGGCCGCGCAGAUCGGGAGCACACACAUGAACAUCAACAUUGAUGCAGCCGUGAAAGGCAUUCUUGGUAUCUUCUCUCUGGUUACUGGACGAUGGCCUCAGUUUCGUGCAAACGGCGGCGGGAGAAGAGAAAACCUGGCUCUGCAGAACAUUCAGGCCCGGGUCCGGAUGGUUCUGGCCUACCUGUUUGCCCAGCUGAGUCUGUGGGCACGUGGAAAGCCUGGUGGACUGCUGGUUCUGGGCUCGGCAAACGUGGAUGAGAGUCUGACAGGAUACUUCACCAAGUACGACUGCUCCAGCGCAGAUAUUAACCCCAUAGGAGGAAUCAGCAAGACGGACCUGAAGAGUUUCCUGGCUUACUGUGCAGAACGGUUCCAGUUCAGCGCUCUGACAGGCAUCCUGGCUGCUCCACCUACUGCUGAGCUGGAGCCUCAGACAGACGGAAAGCUCUCACAGACAGAUGAGGCAGACAUGGGGAUGACCUACUCAGAGCUAUCGGUCAUCGGGAGGCUGAGGAAGAUCUCCAAAUGUGGGCCCUACAGCAUGUUCUGCAAGCUCAUCCAUAUUUGGAGGGACGUCCUGUCUCCAACUGAGGUGGCUCAGAAGGUGAAGCACUUCUUCAGGAUGUACUCGGUGAACCGCCAUAAGAUGACCACGGUGACGCCGUCCUACCACGCAGAGAGCUACAGCCCCGAAGACAACCGCUUUGACCUUCGACCUUUCCUCUACAACACGCGCUGGAGCUGGCAGUUCAGACGCAUCGAUCAGCAGGUUUCCCAAAUACCAUCAGCCGGCGCCGCCGGUUUGGACCAGAGGGGGUCGGUGUAAAUCAGUCUGUCCCAGGCUCUGCAGAGGACCCAACGGGAAUUUUUUAAUCUCAGAUCCAGUUUGCCUAAAAUAUACGAUGAUGUUUCCAUGGUGAUGAGUACUUCCUGCUUGGUUAGCUGGACCAGAAAAGAACAAUAAAGGCUUUUGAUUCUGAUCUGUUGACUAUGGGUCAGAAUCAACUGGGUCUGGUCCGUCUUCCUGAGCUUCUGAGGAACUCCUGAUCAUCAAACUUAUUCUCACUUAUUCUCUUGACUAAUUUAGUGAAUCUAAACUAAGCUGCUGUGCAAAGAGACUGGAAUGUGUUCAGACUAAUUCACAGUUGUGACCCAAAGGUGAAUAAAACAUGGGUUAAAUCAU